AUGACCCAGCUUUGCUUGCCCAGGCCCAAAGGUCCUGCUUAUCCUAUCCCAGUCCCUCCCAGGGGCCUGAGUGCUGGGGAGGGGUAAAAUAGUCCAGUAAGUCCAUGUAUGUCUCCCUGGGGCCUUAGCCCGGCCCAGCUCUGGGACAGUGUCCUAGGGCUGGGGGCACUGGGGCUGACAGUUCGGGCAGUCUUUUCCACGGCUGUCCCAGUCUUUCUGCUGCUGCUGCUGCUACUGGUCAGCUUCCUGACCUUCGACCUGUUCCAUUGCCCCGCAGGCCCGGUCCAACCACAGCACAUACUUCUCAGCCAGAGUCAGGGGGCCGGUGAGGGCCCAGGACUGCAGGAGGCUGUACUCCUGCCUCCGGUGGCAGUCACGGGACAACUCAGCCCCCAGAAGGCUCUGCUACUGCUGCUCCUGAGCCUGGGGCUGCUCCUGGGAGCCUGCAGCAUGCCCUUGGCCCUGCUUGGCCUGGCUUUCUACCUCCAUCCUUGGAUCUGA